UGGGUAAACUGAAAGUCCGUCUUAACAGUAAUUCUGCGUGGGUAUCCGCUACGGAUGACGAAGACCCCUGGCUUCAGAUCAAAUUCGAUUCCACCUUUGUCAUUACCGCCAUCAUGACGCAAGGCAGAGCAAAUGCUGAACAACAGCGGGUGACAUCGUACACAAUUUCAUCGAGUAUGGACGGAGCAUCUUGGACCUACAACCAGGAUAUCAACACCAACACCGUCAAGGUCUACACAGGAAACUACGACUCAAAUAGUGUUGUGGUGCAUAACAUCUUUAAGCCGAUCGAAUGCCUAUUCUUUCGUAUCCAUCCAAAGACGGCCAAUGAUGACCUGCGGGCCCUCAGGCUAGAGCUCACUGGAUAUGGACCUCUCAAUGACUUAUUAGCUGCAAUGAACCGUGAAGAGGUAAGCUGUUCACGUCCUAUCCAAGGGGAAGGAAUGGGAGUGGAAGAUGGACGAAUCCCAGACUCUAGUCUCACCUCCUCGUCCGAUUAUGAUCUUAAUUACACUGCAUCAGAUGGAAGAUUAAACGGUGGAGUUACUCCAAACGAAAAGGCAGCAUGGCUUGCUAGGAAUGAUGACGUAGAUAAAUGGGUCAAGAUAGAUCUUGGAAGGACCUCUAACGUCACUGGUGUUAUCGUACAAGGCAGAUUCGAGUUGGCACAAUGGAUUACUUCUGUCAAGGUAUCCUAUUCGCUGGAUAACGUGACAUGGACUUAUGCUUUGGAACCACAAUGUGGUGAACAAAGAAUCUACGCAGCAAACUACGAUAACACCACUCCCGAGACCAUACUGUUCCCUCGACCAAUCACUGCUCGAUACGUCAGAAUACACCCACUCACUUGGAUUGGGCACCAGGCCAUGAGAUAUGAGGUUGUUGGCAUAGCUGAUCAAACGGAACUUUGAA